AUGGCGAGACGCAGAUUAAAGAUGAUGAUGGACUUGUCUGUUAUAAAUAAUAAUAACAAUAAUGUGAAAAAUGAACAUAAUGUUCAUAAUUUAGCAGAUAUUAUAUCUUCAGCUACAAUUGUUUUCGAUGAACCAGAAAUAAAUUCAGUUGUAGAAAUAAAUAAUGAGGUGUUAGCAUUUCCAUUGGAACAUUAUACAGAUAAUUUUGAAGUGAAUUCUGAUAAUAUAAAUAUUGAAGAUGAUAAUAGGAUGUUAGAUAUUCCACUGGAAAAUUAUGAAGUGAAUACUAUGAAUGCUGAUAUAAAUACUGAAGAUUAUAAUAGAAUUUAUUACAAGUGUAGUAAAAGUGCAAUGCACUUUUGUCCUGGUACUAUGAAAAAGAUGGCCGACGGAACAAUAAUUGUGCAGAGGUCUCACUCUAAUCAUCCAAGAGAAGAUGAUACCCCUGAAUUAGUAGAGGCUUUAAAAUCUGUACUAAAAAGAAGAGCUGUUGCAGAAAAUAUUUUAUUAAAAGAAAUUUAUGACGAAGAGUGUCUAAGGCAUCCAAUAGCAGCUGGUUUAUAUCCAUGGCCUACAGCUGAAUCCUUAAUGCGUUUGGCUCGUAGAUCAGUAAUGCCUAGAUUGCCAGGGAACCUUCAAGAACUAGCAACCUUAUUUGAUAAUGGUCAUCUUCAAAGGUAUAACUGUUGUGACAUUACAAUAUUUAGGAGCUGUGUUCGUGACCUUGAUGGUAAAACUAGCCUGAUAUUUGCAUGUCCAAUUUUGUCACAAAGUUUUUGUGUAACUGGAAUUGAGGAGCUUCAUGUAGACGCUACUUUUAAAGUGGUUCCAGUAAACAUGGGUUAUCAAUUAUUGAGUGUACAUGCUAUGAUACAAAAUUAUUCAAUACCAAUUAUAUUUGUACUAAUGGAAUCGAAGUCAAGAAAUUCAUAUGACAGUGUAUUUCGCUAUGUCAAAGAUAAUCUUUUACCAAACAUUUCCCCGAGAAUUAUCAUAAGUGACUAUGAAUCUACACUUAGAGAUAUUUUACAGUCAUAUUUCCCUGAAGCUCGAACGUCUGGGUGUUGGUUUCACCAUAAUCAAGCAGUUUUUAAAAACAUGAAAAGUAAGGGUUAUUAUAGGCUUGUAAAUAGCAAUCAAUUUGCAUUGCAAAGCUUAAAACUUUUAUUUGGACUUCCAUUGCUUCCAUAUCAGGAUAUAGAUAGAGCAUUUAAAUUAAUUAAGAUGUAUGCAAUUAAUCAUGGAGUAGCAAUGCAUAAUUUAUUUAAUUAUUAUGAGAGGUAUUGGUUGCGCCGUGUGGGAACUCAGAUAAUUUCAGUAUAUGGACUUCCUAGGCGUACAAACAAUAAUAUUGAGAGUUUCCACAAUAAGCUCAGAUUAAAAUUUUCAGUGACUCAUCCCAAUCUAUGGAUAUUUUUAAGUAAUUUGAGUAAUUUAUUUAAUAAUUACCAUGUCAUACUGAGACAGCUUGAAAAUAAUCUCCAACCUACAAGGAAUUUGAAGACGAAAUAUUUAUUGCAGUCAAAAAGACUAAAAAAUGCUACAAGCCAAUACGACGCUGGCAUCAUAAGUAUGUGGCAGUUCAUGCAAUUGACAUCAUAUACCACAUCAAGAUAUAUAUCUCGACAUAUAAACUGGAUCAAUGAGGUAGAUCCAAAUCCUGAGCCAGAAGUGGAAGCUGCUGCUGUUGUACAACUGCCUAUAGCUCCAACUGCCUAUAACUCCACAACUACCUAUAGCUCCACAAGAUGUGUCUAG